AUGAAAGAUAAUUGUCCAGUAAUUGGUACUUUACCUGGAAAAUACAAAUUGCCGGUCGAUAUUCUGGCGAGUGAUGCGGACUACGGAAAUAAUGGACAAAUUCAAUAUUCCAUCACAGAGGAGUCAGACCCCUACAGAAAUUUCUUCAUAACUUCACAUGGAAGAAUUUUUCCGAAUAGUACUCUUGAACCUGGUGAAUACUCGUUAACAGUUGUAGCUCAAGACGGUGGUGUGGUGCCAUGUGCUCGUGAAGUAACUUUGACUGUCGUUAUUGAUCACAUUGUUUCAGUUGUAGUCUUUCCAACCUCAACGUCGGCGGUCGAAUCAAAUUCAACAGCUUAUCAGCAGACACCAUCACUUCAAACACCUAGCAAGACGGCGCAAAUACCUUCGACUAGUUCCAUUGCUGAUGUACAAUCUAGCUCACAUUUUAUUACUUCGACUAGGAUGAAACAAUCGUCGACGCUACUAACGACAAGCAUUGUAGCUGGCCAUUCAUCAUCAGAAAUUAAAUCAAGUCCUACAAAUUACCAGCCGACACAGUCUCUCCCAGCAACUAGCGAAUUUGCGCAAACAUCCUCACCACCGAUAGUCAGAGAAACAUUGAAACAAGGACUUGAAUCAAGUAGCGUGGUUGCAAAGUCGUCAUCAUUAUUAUCAACAAGUAUCAUUGUUGCAAAAGUACCAUCACCAUCAUCUCAAACGAGUGCCAUGACUCAAGAAUCAUCGUCGUUAUUUCAAACUGCAAGUCUCACCACUUCACUUCCAAGAAGUAUUAUGUAUCAUGCAUCAUCUGGGAAAUUAGAAAUCGCCUCUCAUAUGCAACCGUCUCCCACUAGCAAAAUUGUCAGUACAGUGACAUCAACGCAACUCACCCCAACAAAAAGAAUUGUCACCCUUCGAGCAAGGCUUCUUAACUAUGUAUUUGUUGCGAGCUAUCGAGAUAAAAAUAGCAGCGAUUAUAAAAACCUUAGAGGUGUUGUAGAGAAGGCCAUGAUAAACAUCUUUGAAAAAAUGACUGGGUUUUUGAGGAUAUCCGACGUUGAUUUCGAUGAAGGAAGUGUUAUUGCCAAUAUCCAAACUGAGUUUUCCUCGGAAAAUAAGCAAGUCAGUUCAAGUAGUCUUGCCAGGGCAGUGGCCGAUGCCAGUGAUGACAAGGGCAAUUUGGACAAAUUACGUUUUGAUAAAUCCUUGUUACUGCCGCAAAUUGUUUCAACCACACCUAAGGCUACGGUUCAAACUCCAAGCAAGGACGAAGAUGAUGAGAGGGAUAGGAAUGCCUUAAUUGGUGCAACUGCUGCCAUCGGAGGAGCAGGAUUCAUUUGCCUCGUCUUCAUUCCUAUCUUCGUUUGUUAUUUCAAGAAGAAAAGAAACAAGCAGAAAAUUUCAAUGAGACGUCCUGUUCGCAUUGAAUUAAAUGAUGCGGGCUCUUACGUGAAUCAUCGUUUUGAUUCCUGGUAUGAAGAGUAGCACUCACAAGAUUAUUUUUAAUUAAUUUGGAAGCAUAACCUUGCAGUAUAAUUAUACGGGUGAACAAUAAUACCACAUGUGUGCACGAAUGUUUCGAAUAUAUACUUUACUGGCAUAACAUUAUUAAUGUGGUGCCGAAUUUACAAUAUUAUACCAUAAUAAAAGGCCUCAAACCCGCUGC